GUUACUUGCAAUUUUGAUAAAUUUUGACAUUGUCAGUGCGCCUUGGUCUAUAUAAAAGUCUGGGUAGAUGUGAGGGGGGCAUAUAUCCCGCUGACAACGCCAUACGACGCUGAACACACAGAAGCGCAACUGACAACAACUGUCACCUUAUCGUCUGCUUGAAUACUACUGUGUACGCCUGUCGUCAACACUUCGUCGCUGCACUUCCAAAGUAAACCCGCUGUCAUGUCCGACUCAGUUGUCAUCAAGGCCUCCCUGGAGCGAGAGGGUUCGAGUCAACCCGAGAUCCGACGUUUUGGGGUCCCGUCAGAUGCUUCUGCCAGCUUCGACUACCUGUUCAAGAAGAUAUCGGAAGUGUUUCCUGGACUUGUCAGAGGAAACUUUAACCUCUACUGGAAAGAUAGUGAUGGUGACCUAGUAUCAUUUUCAUCUGAUGAGGAACUUCUUGAAGCUCUGGGGUUUGUUACAGACUCAGUGUUCAGAAUUUCCAUCAAAAAGUACGCCCCUCAGACCCACAGCUCCAAGAGUGGCAGUGGGGAGCUGCAUCCUCAUGUGAUCUGUGACGGCUGUGAAGGAGCAGUGUAUGGUGUGAGGUACAAGUGUUUGGUGUGCCCCGACUACGACCUGUGCAGCCAGUGUGAGGCUCAAAACACUCACCCUCAACAUGACAUGUGGAAGAUUGUCUCUCCAAAGUCAGCCAGGUGUGGUGGCAGAAUGCCCUUCAUGGUUCCGCCACACUGCCAUCAGUGGAUGAACAACUUCAUGAGCCAGUUCCAAAACCAGCACCCGGGAUGUGGCACCAACAAGGAAGGAGCUCCCUCUGGUGCUGAUGAACAAAACAAGACUGAUACAGACAAGAAAGGGGAGACUACUCCACAGGAAGGGGAGACUACUCCACAGGAAGAAUAUCUGAGAAACAUGGGACAAUCUGUUGCUGCUUUCCUUACACCUUUUGGGAUUGAUGUGGAUGUUGAUAUUGAGCACAAUGGACGUCGCCAGGGUGUCAAUCCCCAGGGUGUGAACCCCCAGGCUGGUCAACAAUUCUUCAGCAACCUCAUGGCCCAGAUGUUUGGUCAGUGCCCUGGGCAACCAGGUAACCAAGCAGAGGAAGGAGCUGAUAAGAAGGACUCCGACAAGGCACCAUCAGAUGAGACGACCGAGACAGACACCCAGAAGAAGGGGCACUCAUCGGGUGAUGGAUGGACUCUGCUGUCCGACACUGCAUGCUCCUCCCCACUCACAGGUCAUCCAGAUCCACGUAUUGCCGAUGCUCUCCAGCAGAUGUUGUUGAUGGGGUUCUCUGACGACGGAGGCUGGCUCACUCAUCUCCUGGAGGCCAAGAAUGGUGACAUCAGCCAGGUGCUCGAUGCCAUGAAACCAAACAAAGAAUAAACUCAUUAGCUGAAGGGUCACAACAGGAGGAAAUACAUGUGUGAUAUAAACUGUUGAAAGUGUGAUAUGCCUGAUUGAUAUAGGUUAUGUAUGGGAUAUGAACUGUUGAAAGUGUGAUAUUUGUGAUAGAUAGGAAUACCUAAUUCCUAAUAGUGAUGUACAAUCUCACAAGUGCUGUACAUAUAGAACUACCUGUGACUGCCUACUGAUAUGUUAUGACUUCUUGCCGUCAGUGGACUACACUAAAGCCUCAUUAAUCAGAACAGUACUGUACUCAGUUAAUCAUUCAGAUUCACAAAGCAUGAGUGAUGUGUAUUUUUACCUUACGUGGUUAAACAUGUUUUCAGUAUUUCUGUCGUCUCUUCACAAAUCUGUGUCGUCAGUAAGGUUUUUAAACAGAUGCAGGAAGUGAUGAGAAUGUAGACUUGAUUGAGAAGUUCAGGAUAUGUUCUAGACAGGUUGUGUUUCAGACACAAGAAGCUCACCUGGUUUGACUUGAUGUCAUGACUCUCUGCUCUCUCUGUAUAUAAUAGUGGAGAGAAUACAGCUGCAUGUCUGUCAGUGAUCUUAUCUUGUUUGGGUACAAAUGGAAGAUGGAGUAACCCCCUGUAUAAUGUGUAUAUAGAAACCGUUUUGUACUCGAUAACCAUCAGACAUUAUGUUUUUGACUUUGAUAAAAUGCAAUAAAUAUGUGUCUUAUCACAAAUAA